GACAACACUCUCUAACUUGCGUCUCUAUCAUCAUCACUUCAACAUCUGUUCCACUUUCUUGCCAUGUUCCACGUGGUUUUCAUCUUUUCGACACUUUCCUGAAUUGUUCCAGUAAUCAACACAGCGCCUUCUCCAUUAGACCUCAGAUUUCGAUCCUGUGCCAUGUUUCGGGCACAGCAGAAUUCCUUUGACGAUGCUGUCGCCAAGGCGACUGACGAGAAUCUAACCUCGGAGAACUGGGAACUCAUCCUCGAUGUAUGCGACAAAGUCACUUCCAGUGACUCGGGAAGUAAAGAUGUGGUAGCGGCCAUGAUCAAGAGGUUGGCACAUAGGAAUGCAAAUGUCCAGCUCUACACUCUCGAGCUCGCCAACGCUCUGUCUCAGAAUUGUGGUAUCAACGCUCAUCGGGAGCUUGCCUCGAGAAGUUUCACCGAUGCCCUGCUCAGACUGGCAAAUGACAGAACUACACAUCAGCAGGUCAAGUCCAAGAUCUUGGAGCGGAUGGAACAGUGGACCAAGGACUUUUCGAGUAAUUCCGAACUGGGCAUCAUGGACCAGGCGUACCAGAAGUUGAAGGCUCAAAAUCCCAACCUUCAACCACCACAGGCUCCGGUCAAGAGACAGAUCACAGACUAUGACAGACAAAAGGAGGAGGAAGAGUUGCAGAUGGCCCUCCGUCUGUCGAUCCAGGAUAAGAGCCCUCCUGCAGCCCAAACCACCGCCCCAGCCGCCGAACUGUCAGGUCAAUCGACUGCGCAGACCUCAGCCCCCGCCUCACAACCUAUAUCUUCCGGCACAACAGCUGCCACCGUCUCCCGAGUACGCGCCCUCUUUGAUUUCCAACCCUCGGAGCCCGGCGAACUGCAAUUUCGCAAGGGUGAUGUCAUUGCUGUCCUUGAGUCCGUCUACAAAGAUUGGUGGAAGGGUUCGCUUCGAGGGCAGACGGGCAUUUUCCCCCUCAAUUACGUGGAAAAGCUACAGGACCCCACGGCGGACGAGUUGCAGAGGGAGGCACAGACCGAAGCCGAGGUAUUUGGCCAGAUCAAGAACGUCGAGAAGUUGUUGGCCUUGUUGAGUACCAGUACUGGGGACACGAACGUCCGUGACAACGAUGAAAUCACCGAACUAUAUCACAGCACCUUGUCAAUCCGGCCGAAGUUGAUCGAGCUGAUCGGGAAGUACACUCAGAAGAAAGAUGACUUCCAACAACUCAACGAAAAGUUCAUCAAAGCACGGAGGGAUUAUGAAGCAUUACUGGAGUCUUCUAUGGCGCAAUCAGCCCAUGCAUAUGCUCGUCCUGGUCCUGCUGCAUAUGGCUACGGAGCCGGCCCUCCCCAAGGCUACCCCCCUCAAAGAUAUUAUACUCCUGGAAUAGACGGCCAACCUCCAAACAAUGCCGUUCCAUACGGACAGCCUCCUCAGUCGUUCCAACCACCUUAUCCUGUUGGAUCUCCUCCACCCCAAAGCCAAACCCCCUCGAACCGAUUGGCUUCCCCACCUCCACAAGACGGUGGAUAUCCUCAAUACCCCCCUCAACAGGACACUCGUCGACAUUCUCGGCCUGAAUCAUAUGCCCCUUACCCGCCUCCAGAUGUGAACAGUGGCUAUGGACCUCCACCAGUAAACACAGCAGACAACACGCGACCACCUCAACACGUCUUCCCUCCGCCCAUCCAACAACUUCAACACGACGACGACAACAAGGACUAUUCACCGUCAAACUACUCAACAGACGAUCUUCACAGCUCACAACUCUCACAACCGCCGCCCCAGGCUCCCCAGGGAUAUCCGCCGCCACCUCCGUCUUCUCAACAAGCCAUUCCUCAAUAUCCUCCACCAUCUGUUCCCGGUGGACCGGUAAGUCAAUCCCCCGAGCACCAGCAUACACAUUUCCAUGGCACCCAUCCUCUUUCGAAUGCAAACACAGCAAGCAGACCUUUUUUCUCCCCUCCUGAAAGACCCCUGGCAUCAAAUGUACCGAGCUCUGCUUACCCAGGUUUCCUACCUCCACAGACUAGCCCACAGUACCAGGCAUACAACGCACAUGCUGCAAGUGUGACAGGCGGAGGACCCGGUGCGGGAUACUACAGGUGACGAGGGCGAGAUGAGGCGAUACUGAGGAUGGGGACUAGCGACGUGACAUCUUUUGACAUUGAGCCAGCACUGCGAUUUGAAGCAGCUGACGAUUUGAGUGAUGCUGGUAUAAUACUAGUACACGGCGGGCCUGGGACGAUUCCACCUUGAACAGACAUUAUUGGGCUAUGGGUCUACUCAGGCUUUGAACAUUUGGUGGAAUUCUAUACGAUUGGAAUGACAUACCCAUACUCAUAUCAUUGACCCUAAAGGAGGCACCUCUCGUAGUGAUUGACUGGACUGGACUGGACUGAGUCGGAACCAGGCACGGCCAAAGCUGAUAGUAGAAUCCUGAGGCGGUGUAACAUAUGGACGUUCUCGCUUGCACACAUUGAUACCUAGUAUCUAAAACUCCAG